UGCCAGGGCCCUGAAGAUGGUCUUGGGUUGGCUGUGAGAUGUCACUGGGCAACGCUAGUUUAGAAGAGGGGAUGGGAAGCAGGGAGAGAAGUCACCGAAAGGAGAGGGAAAAGGUGAAGCGGGGAAAAAAAGAAGAGAGUUCUGGGGGGUUUCAAGGUGCUCUGACCUGACUUGGCGGAGCCCUGACAGCAUUGAAAGAUGGCUUCUUCGCUGCAUCACCUUAUUCCAGGAGGAGAGGGAGGUAGGGCAAGGAAAGUUAAAGGAGGGAAUAUUGAUGUACAUCCAUCAGAAAAAGCACUCAUUGUUCAAUAUGAAGUGGAAGCCACCAUUCUUGGAGAAAUGGGGGACCCCAUGUUGGGAGAACGAAAAGAAUGUCAAAAAAUCAUUCGACUUAAGAGUCUCAAUGCCAACACAGAUAUAACUUCCCUGGCAAGGAAGGUGGUUGAAGAAUGUAAACUCAUUCAUCCUUCAAAACUAAAUGAGGUAGAACAGCUGUUGUACUAUCUACAGAACCGCUGUGAUUCAUUGUCAGGAAAAGAGAAAAAAGAAAAAUCAAGCAAGCCUAAAGAUCCACCUCCUUUUGAAGGAAUGGAGAUUGAUGAAGUUGCUAACAUUAAUGACAUGGAUGAAUAUAUUGAGUUAUUAUAUGAAGAUAUUCCUGACAAGGUUCGGGGUUCUGCUUUGAUCCUGCAGCUUGCUCGAAAUCCUGAUAACUUGGAAGAACUACUAUUAAAUGAAACUGCCCUUGGUGCAUUAGCAAGGGUCCUGAGAGAAGACUGGAAGCAAAGUGUCGAGUUAGCUACAAACAUAAUUUACAUCUUUUUUUGCUUUUCCAGCUUUUCUCAGUUUCAUGGACUUAUUACUCAUUAUAAAAUUGGAGCUCUGUGUAUGAAUAUUAUUGAUCAUGAGUUAAAAAGACACGAGCUUUGGCAAGAAGAACUUUCAAAGAAGAAGAAAGCUGUUGAUGAAGACCCUGAAAAUCAAACCUUGAGAAAGGAUUAUGAAAAAACCUUUAAAAAGUACCAGGGGCUUGUGGUAAAACAGGAACAGCUAUUACGAGUUGCUCUUUAUUUGCUUCUGAAUCUUGCUGAGGAUACUCGUACCGAACUGAAAAUGAGGAACAAGAACAUAGUUCACAUGUUGGUGAAGGCCCUUGAUCGGGACAAUUUUGAGCUGCUAAUUCUAGUUGUGUCAUUCUUGAAGAAACUCAGCAUUUUUAUGGAGAAUAAAAAUGAUAUGGUGGAAAUGGAUAUUGUUGAAAAACUGGUGAAAAUGAUACCUUGUGAGCAUGAAGACCUGCUGAAUAUCACCCUCCGACUUUUACUAAACCUCUCCUUUGACACAGGACUGAGGAAUAAGAUGGUACAAGUUGGACUACUUCCCAAGCUCACUGCUCUCCUAGGCAAUGACAACUACAAACAAAUAGCAAUGUGUGUUCUUUACCACAUAAGCAUGGAUGACCGCUUUAAAUCAAUGUUUGCGUACACUGACUGUAUACCACAGUUAAUGAAGAUGCUGUUUGAAUGUUCAGAUGAACGAAUUGACUUGGAACUCAUUUCUUUCUGCAUUAAUCUUGCUGCUAACAAAAGAAAUGUACAGCUUAUCUGUGAAGGAAAUGGGCUGAAGAUGCUCAUGAAGAGGGCUCUGAAGUUUAAGGAUCCAUUGCUGAUGAAAAUGAUUAGAAACAUUUCUCAGCAUGAUGGACCAACUAAAAAUCUGUUUAUUGAUUAUGUUGGGGACCUUGCAGCCCAGAUCUCUAAUGAUGAAGAAGAGGAGUUUGUGAUUGAAUGUUUGGGAACUCUUGCAAACUUGACCAUUCCAGACUUAGACUGGGAAUUGGUUCUUAAAGAAUAUAAAUUGGUUCCAUACCUCAAGGAUAAACUAAAACCAGGUGCUGCAGAAGAUGAUCUUGUUUUAGAAGUGGUUAUAAUGAUUGGAACUGUAUCCAUGGAUGACUCUUGUGCUGCAUUGCUAGCCAAAUCUGGGAUAAUCCCUGCACUCAUUGAAUUGCUAAAUGCUCAACAGGAAGAUGAUGAAUUUGUAUGUCAGAUAAUUUAUGUCUUCUACCAGAUGGUUUUCCACCAAGCCACAAGAGACGUCAUAAUCAAGGAAACACAGGCUCCAGCAUAUCUCAUAGACCUGAUGCAUGAUAAGAAUAAUGAAAUCCGAAAGGUCUGUGAUAAUACAUUAGAUAUUAUAGCGGAAUAUGAUGAAGAAUGGGCUAAGAAAAUUCAGAGUGAAAAGUUUCGCUGGCAUAACUCCCAGUGGCUGGAGAUGGUAGAGAGUCGUCAGAUGGACGAGAGUGAGCAGUAUUUGUAUGGUGAUGAUCGAAUUGAGCCAUACAUUCAUGAAGGAGAUAUUCUCGAAAGACCUGACCUUUUCUACAACUCAGAUGGAUUAAUUGCCUCUGAAGGAGCCAUAAGUCCCGAUUUCUUCAAUGAUUACCACCUUCAAAAUGGAGAUGUUGUUGGGCAGCAUUCAUUUCCUGGCAGUGAUGGCGGCAGUGACCCAUCUGGAGCAGCUGCUGCAGGGAUGCCAGCUGCAUUUGGGGAGGCACAGCUGACGCUGCGAGCUACACAGCUGUGAGGCUGGGAAGAGGCAGGAGCCCUGCCCGCUGCGCUCCUGGGUGCAGCUGCACCCACCCAGCUACAGCUUGAGACCAGGUCAUCCUAGUGCUCCUGGGAGCCUGGGGAAGGCCCCCUGCCCCUGCAGUUUCUGAAGUGCCUGCUUCCGUUCCCUGGCCUCUCCCUGCUGCCGGCACCUACUCCAGUUUUGUAGCAAAGUUGAAGCCAAGCCCAGGCACUGUCAUGAUCUGGCUGGGUGUGCCUGCACUUGGAGCAGCCCUGACAUACUAGCACCCCCCCCCCCCCCCGCCGGCCCCCUGCCCUGCCCCGCACUGCCCCAGCCCCCUCUGAAGCUUUGGGCACCUACAAGCUCAGGGAGGGAGGCCAGGGGGUGCUGAAGGUGGCUCAGUAUGGGCUGCCUGGGCGCAGUGGAUGGCAAGUUGAUGGCAACAGGCAGGCUCCUGGGGAAGGGGUGAGUCCCCAGUGAAACCCUACCUUCUAGUCAGGGAUGGCCUGAGCCUGGGGACCAGACUGCCGGUUCCAGGUGGAGUCUUCCACCCAAAGUGAGAACUUGUACUUUUUCUGGCCCUGUCUAUGGCCAGCCAUCAGCAUGCACUUCCUCCCUUCUGAGCCUAUAAAAACCCCAGGCUCAGCCAGACUUGUACAGAUGUGGUGAUUACUUGCUUGCUGUAAGGAGCUACCCACUGCAGAUCUCUUCUCUGCUGAGAGCUGGACACUCAUCAGGCCGCCUGCAGAAAGGAGCUACAACUUUGGGUCUCCUGAGAGCUGUUCUGUCACUCAGUGGAGCUCCUCUUCCCCUUUGCUUACCCUCCAGUUGUCCACUUACCUCAUUCUUCCUGGAUGUGAAACAAGAACUUGGGACCUGAAUGGCAGGACUCAAAGAGCUGUAACAAAUGGGGCUGAAACACAUCGCCCCCACUCGCCAUGUUGCGGGAAAAGAGAAGGAGAGAAGAGCUGUGGCUCUUCCAAGAGCCCAGACCUAGGUGCUCCUGAGCCAGGGCUGUGACACCCUCUGUGGGGCUCUGUGGUUCCCGGUUUCUCUAGGCUUCUGGGCGCCUCUGUGUUCCCCUCAUCCAGAUGCAGCUGCUCAGAGCAGAAGCUGGGUGCAGUACAUCUGGUCCAUCUGCAGCCUUGCACGGAGCCAGCACCUGUACCAGUGCCUGGAGCUGCCCACCCUGCCGUAGCAGCCAGUCAGCCAGCAUGCCUGCUGUGUGUGGUGACCAGGCCCUGCAUUCGCUUACCCACACACCCCUUGCCGCUCCACACCUGGCUAACCUGUGACUGGUGUGGGAUGCAGGUUGGUAGCGCAAGUUGAGCACAGCCUACCUGGCCGAGUGGACAGAACGAGCCCAGCGGCCGCAAACAAUGCUCAGGCAGAAGGUACCGCCCAGCCACAAUGGUUUCUGGGUGGCGAAGCAACACCCCAAGAAUCCUGUGACACUAGGACUUUCACUUAGUGGAAGAAAUUCAGCGUAAUUGAGUCUAUAAAUUUAAAAAAACGUAACCUGAAUAUGACUGGAACCUUUGAAAAUGUUAACAUGUCAAUUAUGGUGUAGCUUUCUACAAGAAAAGAUGACACGGAAGCUAAUCCAGUUGUAUCUGGCAAGUUAAUUAUAUCAUCACCAUUUAAGAGUGAUUGUCUAGUGUUAAAGGUCAUAUACUUUUCACAUGUAUUAAUUGCAUUGUUGUUGGCUUUACAGGUAGAAAUUAGUUGUAAAUUUGAAUGGAAAGGAAGAAAGUCUUUAAGCAAAGAUGACUGCUCUUAUGACAUAUUUGUCCUAGGAAAUGCUUUUAUUUUAAAAAAAAAAUGAUUUUUAAGAGAAUAUAAUGCAAAUUACCAUCAUAAAGGCUUGCUCCUUCAUAUUAUAAUGAGAAUAACAAAAUUAUGUGUAAUUGGUUAAUAAGCAUCACUACCCCCUCCAAAAAAAUAAGGGAGAGAAAUACAGCAUGUCAUCUUUUAUUUCCUUUAAAUAUGAAUGUAAUGAUAUUGAGCUUACUCCUUAACUCAAGGAUAUUUUCUAAUUUAAGGUAAAUUUAAUCUAGCCUAUUUUUGUCUUCAUUGAUUUAACAAUGUAAUUUAACUAUUUAUGAACAGUUGUUAGAUUUCUUGUAUUAGAAAUAUUAAACUAGGUAUUUUUUCUAAGGUAUUUGUUUUUUAAGAAACAGCUAAAACCUAGGGCCAACCGUUUUCAAAUGUAAUUUUAAAUGUAAUAUUAAUUCCCAUAAUCUCCAUAUUGCCCAUAGUCCUUACAGAUGUGCUAUUACAAAUAGUUUACUCCUCAGAUAUGAGCCAUAUGGGCUCUGUAAACUGAUUUGCACUUAUUCUGAAUAGGAAUUGUACAGAUCAUAGAUGAAUUAUUAAGUAAAUUUAUAUUACCAAAUAAAUCUAAGAAUAAAGUAUUAAGCUGUUUUAAAUGAGAAAGGAAUGUGCAAAUGAAGACCUACCUGCGUUAAUAAGUUUAGUGGUUACCUUCUUGGUUUCAACCAAAAGAAAUUAGUUUUUUGUUGUUGUAUUUUUUAAAGGGGUCGAGGGCGUCUUUAAAACCGCUUACAGAAGUAUCUAAGACAAAAACAAGGAAAUAUAAUGUUAUAAACUCAGCCAGUCCAAACCACUUGAACUGCUGUGACAGCUCAUAAAACUGAGAGUAGUUUUUAACUGGGCUCUGUUUUACAUUGCCAAAGUGAAUUUUCCUUGCAGGAAGUAGCCAGAGGGUUUAUUUAGUUUCCAGUCCAUGGCUUUGAUCUUUCUGUACUGUCACAUCUCGAGUUACAUAGCCCUUUUUCACUGCAGUAAAUCUGCAGCAGUUAAUGAGAAUAAAAUUUCCUCCUUCUUACUGAUCACAUGCUGUUGAAUGCCAAACCACAGCCAACUGCAUAUUUGCAGAAUUUCAGCUACAAUGUAUGAAAACAGCGCAAUCAGUUUAAUCUUGUUGUCUUUGCAAUUCAUUUUAUUGGGCUUUCUUCCUUUUCAAGUGACCUACUUUAUCCAGUCAAGUGGUUGCAGGCCAAACUUGGAAGAUUUAAAAUGUGAAUAAACUAAGAGGAGAAAGUGUGCGGGAGGUGGGGCAGGGGAGGGCAAGUGGAAGUUCGUCUGCACUACUGUGAAGAUUCCAAGACUCCAUAAAUUGAGUCUAUUUCAAUCCUUUUAAAAGACCAAGGCUUUUUUUCUUUUUUCUCAAAUAAAAUAAAAUGGUUUGUUAUUUCGUUAUUUUGUAUGUUUAGUUUCAACAUAAGUUUGUACUUACUGGGUUUAUUUAAUGAGCCAUAACGUUAUUUUUCCGGUUUUCGUUAUAGAGAAGACACCACAGUACUUAAGGAAAUUUAAGGGAAUUUCAAGGAUUUCAAAAAAUUAAAGUUCCACUUUAUAAGAGCUCUUCUUAGAGUAAAAAUAACGUUGUUGUUAACAUACACUAAACCAUCUUAUCAAAUGGGUCCUUACACACAUAAAGGAAAUAUUAUGAAUAUGUUAAAUAAAUCAAUUGGAAUUUCAAAAUCACAUUUAAGCAAGCUGAAUUUUAUACAUUAAUAUGUGCAUUCUCAUAGUAAAGUGCAUGAAGAAUCAUAUUUAUUUUCUUUUUUGUUACAAUGAAAUCUUUCAGUUGAGGCAUUAAUAAUCUGAUUCAGUUAAUACAGGUUAAAUAUAAUUUUUACUUACACCUCUUAUCUUUUCUACUGCUUUGUUUUUGUGGUUGGCAACUGGAAGUUAGCAACUUCUUUGUCAAGAAGUUCACCCUCAGGGGGCCAUCUUGGGUGACAGUCAUUGAAUAAAUACAUUUUAUUAUAUCUUUGUAUUAGGUCAAAUUUACAUAUAGAAAUAUGAAAUUUUAUAAAAUAAAUUUAAAAAGGAAAUCAGCUUAUAUUUUCCCAGAAGACCGAAGUCAGUUACUGUUUUAGCCAUCUAAUUUCACAGAAAAAAUUAUUCCCAUCCUCAUAAAAAUAAAAAUGUUGAGAUAGAUCAAAAAUACGUAAUACUCAUGUAUUGAUUUAGAUGACUAUCGUAAAAGCAGUAACUAAAAGUGUAUUGAGAACUCAGAAGACUAUUUUUGAAUUGGGGACAGUAAAGUCAGAUCUCCUGAUAAAAAGAGGAUCCACUUUUGGGGAAGUGCCUGUUGUUAGUUACCCCAAUACAAGAGGAGGGUAAGAGGAGUGGUUUGAACAUUUUAAAGGAAAGAGAGUGCAGCACUCACAGGGCCUUUUCAAAAGGUAUUAGGUACAAUGCUGGAAUGUUGAACUUUCAAAAUGUAGCUUAUAUUCUUAGAAUUGUUUUCAAAUAGACCUAUGUCUACUUAAAUUGUAACAUAAUAGUUUGCAUGUGAAAAAAAGAUGAAGGUGAAAACAGAAUUUUAGACUUUAUCUGAGGGCCUGUUCUAUGGUUUGCUUCUUUGUUUCUUUGCAACUUUAAAUCUGCCCAAAAUUCUAACCUUGAAAGUCCACAGAAAGUUUCUGCAUGAAGAUUGUUUUCUUCAGUUUUUGUUGUUCUUUAAAACACACACACACACACACAUCUUAAACAAGUGCAGCUGCUCAAAAGAAUUUGUUUUGGGGACAUGAACAACCCAGUAAAGUUUUAAAUGAAACUGCUAGAAAGGAGUAGAAACAAUGCAGACUUCAGUGACAUACACAAUCUUUAUUCUAAUUGUGUUAUUUUAAAUGGUAUUCUCUAAAUCAGAGGCCCCCAAUUCCCGGGCCAGUACCUGUCCAUGGCCUGUUGGGAACUGGGCCACACAGCAGGAGGUGACACAUCAGCAGCGGCCUUAGAUUCUCACAGGAGCACGAACCCUGUUGUGAACUCUGCAUGCGAGGGAUCUAGGUUGCGUGCGCCUUAUGAGGAUCUAACUAAUGCUUGAUGAUCUGAGGUGGAACAGUUUCAUCCUAAAAUUGUCUGUCCUCCCCCAUCUAUGGAAAAAGUCUUCCACACAACCAGUACCUGGUGCCAAAAAGGUUGUGGGCUGCUACUCUAAAUGGUUUCAGAUCUAUGUACAAUAUGAGAUAGAUGGACCAAUAAUGAUGAUGGCAAUUAUUGAAAUUAGUGAGUGCCAGGCAGUAUAUGAAUUGCUAUUUAUUACAUCCCUUAUCUAAUUUACUCUUCACAACAGCUGAAGGGAGACACUAUUAUUAAGAAAACUGAAACGUGUAGGUUUAAGCAACUUGCCCAAGGUUGUCUUGCCACCACUCAAUCAAUAAACUAUUCUUACGUUUGCCCACCUUCUGUUACAAUGAAGGAAGUUUUUUCAAAAUCCAGUCAACCCAUUUUUAUUCUAGACCCCAUUCUUGUCUUUUCAAGGACUUCUUUUUGUCAUCACUCUUUUCCCCUCUACUGGAUCAUUCCUGUCAGCAUACACAAUCAGAUAUACAUAAAUCAUAAGUCAGCAUAAACAUAAAUCAGAAUCUACAAAGUUAAACUCUUUGGCCCCACAUCAUACUCCAACUACUGCCUGUUUCUCAAUUCCCUUUAUCCAUAACUUCUCAAAAGACUUGCAUGUGCUCUUCAACUUACCCAGUCUUGUCAGAAUCACCAGUAGUCAUCAUAUUGCCAAAUCUAAUGGACCAUUCUCAUCUUUACCUCUCAGCUGGUUUUGACACAGUUGACCAGGCCCCUGCUUUUUGAAACUCCCUUCUUUCAGCUCUCAAGAUAGAUACCCCAUUUUUCUGAUUUUCCUCCCAAGCCCUUUGUCAUUCCUUCCCAGUGUUCUUUGCUGGCUAUUCAUUCUGUUUUCCAUAUUUAAAUGCUGGUUACUUCAGGGCUAUAUCCCUGUUCUCUGUCCAUACCCUAUUUGGGGGGACCCUCUUUUCUAACUGCACCCACCACACCUAGGAUUACAUCCAGAUCCAUGGCUUUAAGUACCAUUUGUAAACUUAUAUUUUUAGAUUAGACUUGUCCUUUCAGCACCAUCCUUAUUCCUUAUGCUAUCCAAUUGAAUGUUUAGUAAAAUUAUCAAACUUAGCUUUUGAUUUCUCACAUAUAAACAGGUUCCUCCCAUAAUCUUCUCAUCUCAGUAUGUGUCACCACCAUCCACCCAGUAGUUCAAGCUUUAAACUUUGGAAUCUUCCUUAUUAUCUCCCUUUUCUUCAUCAGUAGCCUCUCUCUCCACUGCAAACCAUCUGCAUGUCCUAUUGUUUUCAUUUCAUUUCUAGAGUAGGUCUGAAAUUUGGCUAUUUAUUUCCAUUUUCACUGUUAGUACCCUAUUCCAUGCCACCAUCAUCUGCCACCUGAACCAUUCAAUAGCCUAAUAUUCCUGCUUUUACACUUCCCUUCUGCUUCAUUUUUUCCACAGUAGCCAUCAUGAUCAUUUUCAAGUAUGUCAUACCACAUCUCUCACCUGCCUUCAGUGGCUCCCCAUACUCCUGUAAUAAAACACAAAUUUCUUACCAUGUUCUAUAAAGUCCUGCAUUAUUCGACACUUCUCUACAUCUCCAGCCUCAUCAAAUGUUCCAGUUAUAGUUGCUUGUGAAUUCUACCCACACUGGAACCCCUUCUCUUCCCCAGACAUUCACCAAGUUCUUUCUCACUUCAUCACCUUUGCGCUUAACUUGAAUAGUCUUUCAACUUUUUAAAUAACUGGCUUCUUCUUACCUUUCAAAUCUCAGUUCAAAUAUUACUUCUUCAGAGAGUCUUUUCCUAAGAGAAUUAUCAAAGAAGCUGCUUCUCCCUCAUCUAACCUAGUAGUUUAAUUUUUGUUCACUUGUUUAUUCUCCCUCCUACCACAAGAAUACAGUCUCUAGAUGGGCAAGAACUUUGACUGUCUUUUUCCAAGUUGUAUCUACUGGCACACACUAGGUUCUUAAUAGACGUUUGUUUAAUAAAAGUUAUAAACGUCAGAGCCAGUAUUAAGACAUUUCCCAUGCUGUUUUAUUUUCAGUGUGAACUUUUUUAUAAUUUCUUAAUUUUAAUUUUUACUAUUUCAGUAUCCUUUCAAAUGUACAAUGCAUAUCAUCUAUUAAAUAUAUAAUCAAGUAGAUGUGUAUUAUAUAUCCUGCUUACAGUAUCAUAUGCUUUGUAUUAUAAAAUUGUUGAUAGGAGCCUAUGCUAUAUGGGAAAAUUUUUUAAUAACCUAGGUAAGAUAAAAACAGACUUUAAAUAGGUAUAUUUUACACAAAUGAAGAUGCUUGCCUUCAUAAUUAAGAUCCAGUUAAGUGAUUCUUAGUGUACUUGUACUAUACUACUACAAGUCUAAUUAAAUAUACCGAGAAGUACCCAUCUAUACUGAAUAUAAGCACAAUCUCUCUCAGAAAAAUUUUCUUUUAUUUUCAAAAAUAACUCUUAUAAUGUCCCAAUAUUACGAGUGUGUAAAAUCAUAUUUCUAGUCCAUUUACUUUAGCCUAAAGAAACAUUAUAGGUUCACCAUAAUGGAGGAAGAAAUAAUAUGAUUAGUGUUCAAUUUCUCAUUAAUAAUAGCAAUAACCAACUGACUAGAAUUGCAAAAUAAUUAUUUUCUUGGAGUUAUAUUUUUCAUGGAGAAAGAUCAGUAGAAUACAUGCUUGGAAGUCACAUAAUUUCAGUUAUAGUCAAUUUCAUUGCUGAUUUGCUGUAAAAUUUUUUUUUUCAGUUUUGUUGUACCUGGAGAAAUGGCUCUAUGUUUAAACAUCAAGGAGUAUUUGUUUUAAGAAUUUUUACGGCUGUAUCUUUAGAGGAUAGUGUAAUUUUAGAGGAUGGUUAUGACUUUAGAGGAUAUUAAAGUUGCUUGUAUCUUUAGAGGAUCUUAAAGUUGUAUCUUUAGACUUGUAUCUUAAAGUUUUAUCUUUAGUUGGUUGUAUUUUUAGAGGAUAAUCAGAAUAUUUUAAAAAUCUGUAGUAGUUUUCAUAGUGCAAUAGCUUAAGUUCUGUAGCAACAAAUACUACUCCAUACUUAAAAUGAAUAGAGUUUCCUUGUUUGUGUUUCUUUCUUAUUACCAGGUUAUAACUAAUGAUCUGUUAAUAGUCAAUAAAUCAUAAAAAUAGUAUAUAUGCUGUUGGGAUUUUUUUGUUGUUAUUGCUGUUAUUUCCAAAAGAUACUUAUAAUUUUACUUAAAGUUUCUGUGAUGACAGGUGAAAUUAACUUUAUAAAGCACAAAAUAUAGGAUAAAAUAUAGAAUCACUUAAUGUUUGCUUUUAACACUUAAAAUGUCCUUUAUUCAUAACCUUUUUAGUUGACAAGCACUUGGAUGAGGUCUAGGGAUAUAGAGGUCAGUAAGAAAUAAUCUCUUUCUCUUUAAGAGGCUUAUGUAGUUCAGGGUUAAAAGUAUAAUUUUUUGAGAUGAGUUAAAGCAUUCUAUUUAUUAUUCUUUCAGCUUUCUGUUUUGAAAAUAAUUAAGGGUAAUAGUAUUAUCAGGCUUAUAAAAGUAAUACCACGUUGUCAGUAUCUGGACAUCAAUGGUCUUUCAUCUGUUUCUGCCCACUUGUAUGUUAUUCCAAUAUCUUGAUAUAUAUAUAUAUAUUCCUCUAAAAAUUAAGGAGAACUCAGAUGUUUAAGAUGUUUCUUCUACUGUAAAUAGAAUAAAUAAUAUUUGUCUAUUGGAAAUAUUUCCAGUAGAAUAAACAUCUUAAACAUUUCUGAAUUCUUAAUUUUUAGAGGAAACAGAAUUAAUGAUAUUUAGAAAAGAAUGCCACUUUAUCUUAAAUAAUACUCUCCCUCCUUAUAUUUUAUGAAGAGCAUGAUAUUUGGAGUGUGUCAUUCAUUAACUUACUUCUGGUACAAAAACACAGACCUUUAGUAUCUUCUUAUACACACACCCAAAAAUUCUAGAGAAUGUGAA